AUGGAUAUCACGUUGACACCAACACGAAACGCACCCUCAGAGCCAGUGACGCCUAUCAGCGGCAACGAGUCCGUCCAUCGAUCACCAUCCGAGCGGCUCUUCUUGCGUGACUUGCUCGGAAGGAACCGCCUGCCGUACAUAGACUAUAAGGUAGAAUAUGGAUUACGUUACGAUCCGAAAGUUGUCGAAAGUAAACAUCAGGCGCCACAGCACCACUCUGCUCCAGUGCUUCCGUGGAUUGAAGAAAGUAAUGAGGAAGAAAAACCACCGACGUCUUCGACAGUGCCGUUAUUACUGCCGGAAGGGGCGUCUGUUGCUGAAAAUGAAACCUCCUCCAUCACAUCACACAUCGGUGUGCCAUCUGUGUCGGUUCGUCCGAACGGAUCGGUCAGCAACGUUAUGCGUCCACCCACCCGAAUCGAAAGUGCGUUUGCACUGAUUGAAGAUAGACUGCAGAAACUAUUCCAUCACAGUUUGGAACCGAAUUCUACCGAGUCCCGAGUGUUGGAGCGAUUAAAAUCUCCACUAACCUUGUUCAGUUUGUUUAACAUAAUCAAGUUUGAAAAUACACCAUGUGUGGCCAAAAGAGACAACCUGACUACGGUGUACGGUAUUUGCUACCACGAGAUGGAGUGUAAUCAGCUUGGCGGUAAACCGAUGGAUCUUUGUGCUGCUGGAUUUGGUGUUUGUUGUGUUUUUCAGCUUGGGUGUAGCGAACAUACGGCUCAGAAUAUUAGCUACUUCCAAAGUCCUGGUUACCCGAUGGCGGUUCAAACCCGGCUAGCCUGCAGUUUAGCUGUUGGUCUCCGUUGGAACGUAAGACAGGUACUACUGGAGUUCGUAUUUUUCGAAAUGGCACCCCCGAUUGAUGGAAAUUGCCUUGAUGAUCAAUUGAUCAUUUCCGUACAAAACAGUUACCGAAAAUAUCCUGCACUUUGCGGAAUCAACAGUGGUCAACACGUAUAUCUACAAAUUGAUAGAGAUUCUUCACACUUUUUGUACUUGACGGCUGUUUCCAAGUCCGAGCACCCAAAAGCAUUUAAUAUCCGAAUAACACAGCUAGCAACACCAGAAGCACCCGAAGGUUGCCUGCAGUACUAUGGAGAAGUGAACGGAUAUAUAAAGUCAUUUAAUUACGAUAACCAAUCGGUGAUUGUUAGCAACAGCAAGCCUAGCUAUUUGAACAAUCUGAAUUAUGCGAUCUGCAUUAAGCGGAAGCCAAACUUUUGUAGUACAAAAUUUUCUAACGUGGGCGAAGAUGGCGAGGAGAACGAAUUCCAACUAAUCAAUCUAGACGAAGAAGGAACAAGUCUGGUUCAACCAAAUUCGGCCGGAGUGGAAAUUUACAGCUGUCCCGAUGAUUUUGUAGCUAUCGGAUUCCUGCGGUUGUGUGGGGAGCGACUGAAUGACGGUUCCAGCAUCGAAGAUUACACGAAAAACAGUCCCGUGACGGAUGACAGCGCGGGACCUAUUAUUGUGGCUUUUCGGUCAAAUGGGGAGUCAGUGGGCCGUGGUUUCAAACUUAAGUAUCAGCAGAAAAUUUGUAAAACACGGAAAUGAAA